UUGAAGGCUUGUGGGCCUCUCUCAUGAUGGUCCGGGGGCUGGGAAUAGGGAGGGGAUGCAGAUUCCCCGUUUCCCCCACGUCCACUGCUUCCUUCCUCCGCCUUGGUUUCCUGGAAAGUGCGGCAGUGGCCCCAGUCGGAAGUCCUGUGGUCCCGGCACCCCAGGCUGCAGCCCCGCCCCGAUGGGGCCCCACCACCACCUCCGGACGGCUGCAAUCGUCCUGGCCUAGGCAGCGCCGCCCGAAGCCUCCCGGUACCGCCGCUUAGAGCAAUGGAACUCAGACAACGUGUGCUGCGGCAGUUCCAGAGCUUCGGGCUACGAGCUUAGGGAAAAUUGUGGACUCAAUGACCUCGGCGACUUCCGGCAAUACCCGUUCGUAGAUAGGAUGUGCUCCCGACAGAGCAACCCCAUCGGCGCGGAGCUGUGUAGUCCCUGCGGCGACGGGGCCACGGCCUCCACUCCCGCGGGGAGCCGCGGCCAAUCCGGACUGAGCUGCAGAAAGACACCGCUUUGCUCUCAACUCCUGUGUCCUGACAUCUGGAAAGGCGAGCGUCCCUAGCUCCCAGGAAUCCAGCUCCCAGUCUGCCGUGGACUUCCGAGCACCAAACCAUCCCGGCCAGUCAACUCUCUGCAGGUCUUAUAGGAUCUUGCCCCUGCCCGUGGUGCUGGCCCUGCUUCUGUCGUCCUGUUCGCGCUGCUGCCAAGGGGAAGUUGGCUCCCUCCCCUUAUCCUGGCUUGGUUUGCAGUGGCCCUAACACCCCAUUCCUCUUGCACUGUCCUCUCCAGUCUUCCUAGAGGAGGCAGGGGACGCCUGUAAGGAAGUCUCUGCUUCUGCUCCAGUGCUCUGGCGAGUCAGGGAUGGGGCCCCGACUAGAGGAGGUGGACUGGAAGCUUGCUCUCCCUCCCCCUUUACUCCUGCUUCUGUCCCCCAGAGCUACCAACUCUGGCUUCACAGCUGUCAGGCCUACUGAAGUGCUGAUGGUGCUGCUGGGCCAAGCCUGGGCUGGGUGGGAGCAUGGCCUGUGGUGCCACUUGGCACCUGGCUGCGAGAUACGGGCUGCCCACUGCCAGGUGAACAUUCACCUACUCUCUGCUGCUGCCCAGCCGUUCACCAUUGCGGGCCUUGCUUGAGAACUACAUGGACAAAUAAGCUGCAGGUUCUGUCCAAGCUCAGCUGAUCUGGGGUGUGCUGAGCCUAGUACUCCACAUAAAGUUUGCCCUGAAAUAAAUGCCUGCUGUCUGGACCUCAUUCAGGGGCCCUCUUGAGGGUACAGUCCUAAUUAAUUAGGCCAAGCGAGAACAGACAUCCUCUCAUUCCCCUUCCCAUGAGAAGGACCCAUUCCUGUGAUGUACCAGGAAAGAAAGUCCUGCUAUCCCAGGAAUAGUACAACCCGAGGACCCAGCUAUGCUCCAACCUGGAAGCCUUAAGAGACCCCACAAUUUACUUUUAAUUCUGAAUAGUGACCUCUCACCUAAAUGUUGAGGGUGAUGGGCUUCCUGAAUUCAGCAGCAGGGAGCUCCUAUUUGCAUCUACCCAGCACCAUACAAAUGGGAAGACCACCACCUAUCCAAACAUUGACAGACUUUAUUGUGAGGGGGUUCCCACCUGGGACCCCACCCUCUUAAAUAAAAAAGUGCAUAGAAAAGAAGGGAUUUAGAAACUUUUGUACAAUAUCUACAUCCUGGGCCUCCAGGGCAGGAAGGGGGCAAUUGCUGAGUAGGCUGGAGGAGUGGAGGCAGGGCCCCUGCCACCUGCAUGCCCACAUCCACCCUGAACAUAUGGGUGGGGUGAGAUGCUCUGGGAGGGACUUGGGAGCCCCCAGACUAGGGGCAAGAUGGCAGCGGGGUCGUGGGGGGCCAUGGUGGGCAGCCCCAGCCUCAGUUAAGGAACCGACGGCAGCGCUUGGCACCACAGUUGCAGGGCAGCUUGUUGCUGGCAUCCUCUAUGGGGAACUUGUAGUCAUAGGUGAGCUCUUCACCACGGAGGAUACGCCGCAGGGCAAAGAUGACAAUGUGCUUCUGGCCCUCCACAUGGAUGACGCGAGAGAAGCAAUUGGGCUCACAAGAGUGGUUGAUGAAACGGGCAGCAUUGCCGUGCAUCGUGGCAUCCACCACAUCAAAGUCAUCCAUGCGGAACAUGUAGCACCCGAUGCCCUGCGGGGAGGGGGAGGGGGUCAGAGCUCUGACCCUGUGAGCCACCCAGCUUCCCCCACCUCAUUUCCAUGACUGGGUGGAGCCCACCUUCCCAUCAUAGAACUUCUCCCGCUUGUCCGUCAGCACAGAGCGAAUGACGAUGCCCGAGUACUCAAUGACCAUCUCGCCAGCGUCGAUGUUGCGCUUACAGAACAGGCCCCGCCCGUGGAUGGCUGAUCUGCAGGGCAGAGUGGGGAGGGGGAGCUCAGAGGUAGGGGGACAGAAUGGAGACCGCCCUGGCAGGGUGCUCAUCCAUCCUAAGGGGCAAUCCCCCACCCCCCCCCGCCCAACCCACUCACCUGUAGACCCCCACAGCCUCUUUGGACGUCUUCUUGAGGUGACGAAAGCGCAUGGCCAUGGGCAGCUCCAGGCU